GAAACAUAAAUACCGAAGAAAAAUCAGUGUCCUCUUUCUCUUGGACUGUUGGAGUCGGUCGUUGGUUCGUUUUUCCCAUCUCAUUUCUCAGUUCUUAGUCGUUUUGCCAAGCAAAGACGUUAAGCUCUUCACCUUCUAUGCAAAAUUUAUCUCUCUCUCCCACGAACAGAGCAACAAUGACUAGAUAAGAAAACAGAAAAAGGAUAUGAUAGCAAUACAAUUUAGUUUGCCAAAAAUGGCGGUUGGAAUCAAUUCUUUGAAAUGUUUUCUAUUCACAGCUAUAGCGAUUCUACAUCUGGUUGGUUCUCUAAACUCGGUCACUGCGGUGUGUGACCUCAGUUUUGUUGACGGGAACAAGCUCUAUAACUUCAGUUUAGCGUCUCCUCUCCCUAAUUUUCCUCAUGGUGUCCUCAGCGAAGAUGGAUUUUAUAAGGUGGCAGCGAAUGAGAGUGUGCUCUGGUUUCAGCUAUGCGAUGGAAUGAUUUUUAAUCAUGAUCCUCCUACAUGUGUUGACUGCCUGGACUGUGGGGGGCCAUUACGCUGCGGCAUGAAAUGUAGUGCACUAGUUGCAAAAAACAAAGGAGGUUAUGAUGUGUGCAGUACAAUUGGACAUGUCUCCAGCACUUCUACUAGUGUCAUUGAUAAGCAGAAGCCACACAAGGGUAUCAUUGUUAAAAUGUCAAAUAUUGUUAAGAUGCCCAAUGGAUCCAACCAGAGUUGUUCUCUUUCUGUCUCUAUCCUUUGUGAUUCCAAUGGUGCUAAAGGGCCAGAAUCACUGGAGAAAUUAGGGACUUGUGAUUAUGCUACAGUAAUGCAACAUCCUUCAGGUUGUGCCAUGGUUGUAUCUGUUCAUGGGAAUGGAUGGGGUUGGUUUGUUACCUUAUUAAUCAUUAUCUUAUGCCUUUUUGGAGGAUAUAUGUUGGUAGGUGCAGCUUAUCGAUAUUUCUUCCUCGGAAUUCGUGGGUUAGAUAUGAUUCCAAACUUGGAUAUUUGGGCCAGAUUGCCUCAGAGAACACAGAGUUUUUUUGCAUCUUUGGUGCGGAAAUUUAGAGGGCCUACAGAAGGUUAUCGGAGCUCCUAUUCUCCAGUCAAUUUUUAGACAAUUACAUUCAGUUGCAGAUCUUAGUAAUGAAUCAGUUUUGACACAUCUAGGUUGUGCUAUAGAACUUUUAUGGAAACAAAUGCCAGUGGUUACUUUCGCCUUGCACUGCCAUCUCAUUGAAGUGGACUUUGAAAAUCCUCAACAGAAAUGCCAUGCGCUUUUGUUGCCAAGUAUGUCACAAAUAUCUUUCUUUCCAUUAGCAAUAUUCAUUGAUUGUAACCUCUCUAGUUACUAUUACCAUUUGUUUUAUUUCUUUUUUUUAUCAAUAUUCUUUUCGAUCUUCUUUGGGGAAGCUCAAAGGUAUGCCAUUUCUUUGUUUAUUUAUUAAAUUUUUGCCUGUAUCAUCAAAAUUUUUAUUGUUUGCAUCUGGAAUGCAACUGAGAUCUAUGCCAAAGUGACCUCCCUUCCUUUGUUAGGCCCUGCAAGAGUUAUUUUGGAAGUUAAAUAUGGUUUAUGUUGCAUGAA